GAUAAGCAUAUAAACAAUAAAAAAGUGUGGUUUCGCGGAAUAAAAGUGCAAUUUAUUGGAUGAAUGACUGCGAGACCAAACUAAUAAAUAAUAAUGGAUGAUCAGGCUUGCCCACGUUGCAAGACCACAAAAUAUCGUAAUCCUUCACUAAAGUUGAUGGUUAACGUAUGCGGGCAUACGCUUUGCGAGUCAUGUGUGGAUUUAUUAUUCUUGAAAGGGUCCGGCUCUUGUCCAGAAUGUUUGGCACCCUUAAGACGAAAUAACUUUCGUGUACAACUGUUUGAAGAUCCAAUGGUGGAAAAAGAGGUCGACAUACGUAAACGUAUUUUGCGUGAUUAUAAUAAAAAAGAAGAUGACUUCGCUUCACCGCAAGAGUACAAUGAUUAUCUUGAGGAAAUAGAAACUAUUGUUUAUAAUUUAUGCAACAAUAUUGAUGUGAUUGGUACCAAUAAACGUAUUGAACAGUACAAAAAAGAAAAUCGUGAAUUUAUACAAAGAAAUAAAACCCGUAUGGGUCGUGAAGAAUUUGAGCUCGAGGAAGUCCUAGAAUUGGAAAAGGCUCAAGAUGAAUGCAGAAAGCAAGAGUUAUUAGCGUUGGAGACUGAACAAAAAAAGAAGAAGGCACGCGAAAAAGAAGCCCUAAUAGAUGAACUUAUGUUUAGUGGUAAGGAUGCUUCUGAAAUUGUUAAUGAAUUUGCCGAAAAGGUUGAAAAAUUGCGAGAAGAAGAAAAACAAGUGCCACCACCCAAACCUGCCACACAAUUCUCUACGGGUAUUAAAUUUGGACGUUCGGCAGAUCAUCAGUUUUUGCCUGUGCCCAAAUUGGAAGAAGGUCCAUUAUACGUUCAUGAAGCUCCCAUUCUCUUUGUGGAAGGACCAAAUUCUCCAACUGUCUUUGAAAUCGAAAACAAAGGCUUUAUGACUCACAUAAGAAGCGAAAAUAUUAUAGAGCGAGCUGGCGGCUACCGUUCUCUAAUAGCUUGCCAACGUGCUUUGCAAGAUGCUAUGCAGGGCUUAUUUUAUGGCACUGAAACAUAAAUCUCUAAAUGAAAUCUCUAGGAUGUACGUAAAUUGGAAAAAUAAUUGUCGAGUUGUUAAAGGUGUUUCAAAACACGAAAAUUUCUCUUGAGUUCUCAGCACAAUUCAAGUUGGUUAGAGAAACGGUAAUAUAUCUACAGGGAACUGAAAAGCUUUAGCAAAAAAGGAACUGAUUGUAUAUUUAAAGUAUAAAAAAAAUAUCUCUCAGGACUGAAGAAAACCUUAGUUCAUAAUAGUUGAGCAAGUGUUUAUUUAUUCCGCAGUUUAUUUAUUCGCAUACUCAGGUAUCAAAUGUAUUCCAAAUUCUGUU